CAAAUUGUAAUAUAGGUUGUUAUAACCUUCGUAACUAGGAAAUGAUAUAUCUGAAUCCAACUCCUUCAAUUUCAACGAUGGUUGAAUGCCGUCACAACUUCUUUCUUACACUUUUUUCAUCAAAUGAUUUUUUACCAACGAUAUAUCUUUUGAGUAGUUAUUUUCUUUUUUUAUUAGGUUAGGGUAGCAUUCACCCCACAAGCAAAAACGAAAAAUCAAAAUCCAAUAUUGAAAAGGGUAAUCCCAAAAAAAAAAAAAAAAAUAACAGAGGGCAAAAAUAUGGAGAACAACAGAAACACACAGCUUGGGGCUGGCUUGUGUGGGCUAGGUUAGGAGAGAAGAGAGACACAGAGCAAUAGAGAGACAGAGGAAAAUCCAAGAAAAUAAUCAAAGAAAUAAUUCUGUUUUUUCGACGAACAAAAAGAAAUCGAGAAUCCAAGAAAUCAAAAGAUAACAAAACAAAAUCUUUUCGAAAGUCAGGAAUCAAGCAGUUUGGGAAGAAGAACAAAGGGGGAAGAAGGGUAUAGGGGGAGAAGAGAUGAUCAAAGAAUUCAUAAUCUGAUCAUCAUCAUCGUAUUCUGUCGGCAGAGGUUCCUCUCAAUUUGUCUCUCUAUCUCCUCCUCUAGCCCCCGACAAAGCCCAAUCCCCCUUGUUCCAAUAGAAUCAUAGCAUUGCCCAAUUCUGCACAUUACUCCAUCAACGGUAAAAGAAUCAUCCUUGUACCUAAAUUUUUUGGUCCUUUUAAUUAUAACAUCGUUCAUUCAAUGGAUGCUCUGUUUUUUUUCCCUUUCCCCCUGUUUUUCCAGCUACAGAGGGAAAGAGACAAAAUUUUGUUGGAGAACAAACUAAUCAAGGGGAGCCGAGCCAUUAAUGAUGUGGGUUUUAGAGGAAAGGUUGUUUAAGAAGAUUUAAUCGAAGCUACAAUAAUGAGAGACCCACAUUGAACUCUUCUUUCUCGAGAAUUCUUCUUCUUCUUCGGAGGUUUUGGCGGAAGGGUUUGUUGGGUGUAAAAAAAUUUAAACCCUGGCGAUUUCCUGGUGAAAAGAUUGUUGCUUUACCUCCACUGCUGGAAGUAAUGGAGGGGAGAUGGAACCCAAUUGGAACCCAGUUUUUGUGCUUCUUGGUAUUCAUUGUUGGUGUGGGAAUUCAUGGGUCUUGGUCUCUGAACGAUGAAGGACUGGUUCUGUUCAAAUUUCGAUCAAGGGUGAGGUCAGAUCCUCAUGGUGCUCUGGCUAAUUGGAAUCUCAGAGAUGGCGACCCUUGCAUGUGGUUUGGCGUCCAUUGUGUUGCUGGUAAAGUUCAUAUAUUGAAUUUGACUGGUUGUUCCUUGGAAGGGACAUUGGCUCCUGAGCUUGGGAAACUUGUCCACUUAAGAUCUAUAGUGUUGCGAAACAAUUGCUUCUCUGGUAUUCUACCAAGCGAGAUAGGAAAUCUUAAGAAGCUUGAGAUACUAGAUUUGAGGGAUAAUUACUUGAGUGGAGCAGUUCCUGCAGAAAUUGGGAGAUCACAAACCCUAAAGUGCUUGUCAGUGAGCGGUAAUAAAUUUCGAGGUACUAUUCCAGGAGAAAUGAGGAGGCUCAAGCUAUUAUCACAUUUGGAAUUGGAUGAGAGCCUUGCAUCCUCUUCAGCCUCAGAAUUCAAAUAUGUAAAUUGCAAGAUUGAAGAUGACACAUGGAUGAUGAGGUUGAAACAACUAUGGAGGGCCUAUUCACAUGCAAUACCAUUUACCAAAUCUCUCAGAGAAUACCUCCAUAGUUCCUCACUAUUUCAAACGUUCAAUGCUAGGGUUCAUCCUCUUCAACCCGUAAAAGGAAGUUGCUGCUGUUGUAGUACUACUAAAACACCUGCGGAUUCAACGUCUGAUGUCCCUCACUUGAUACAAAAUGUAGAGAUUCUGGUCAACUUUGCCCGACGACGUAGACUGCAAGAACAACCAAACAACCUUGUCGCCGAACCGACAAACGAUCGUGGACAAAACGAUGUUGUAGUCGUCGUUCCGAUCACAAGAGGGAGUGGGAGUUUCCCAGCCGUACCGAACUCGAAAUCUCCAUCAUCACCACCAUCAAUGAGUAACGAUGCGUCGUCUGAUCAUAAUGCACCAAGUGAAUCUCCUAAAGGACCAAUCAUACAUAACCACGUGCCACCGUCAUUUUGGGACACGUGGAUCUACUUCGUAUUUGCUCUAAUGGCAGUUGUCUUGCUGGCUUUAAUCGUGAUCAUGAUAGUUCUGUGUCGGAGGCGUGGAAUGAGGCACAUUGGUCCUUGGAGGUCUGGAAUCAGUGUACAACUGCAGAAUGCAUUAGUUUCAGGGGUUCCCAAGUUGAAUAGAUCAGAACUCGAAACUGCUUGCGAAGAUUUCAGCAAUAUAAUAAACUCGUAUGACGGUUUCAUCGUGUACAAGGGGACAUUGUCCUCUGGAACUGAGAUCGCUGUAGCUUCAACUACAACAACUUAUCGCAAGGAGUGGUCGAGGAAUGCAGAGAAGGCAUACCGAAGAAAGAUUGACACACUUUCAAAAGUGAACCAUAAGAACUUUACAAAUCUCAUUGGCUUCUGCGAGGAGGACGAACCUUUCAAUCGGAUGAUGGUGUUUGAAUACGCACCAAAUGGAACAUUGUUCGAACAUAUUCAUAUUAAAGACAUGGAGCAUCUCGACUGGACUUCGAGAAUGAGAAUCAUCAUGGGAGUAGCUUAUUGUUUGAAACACAUGCAUGACUUGAAGCCACCAGUGUCUCACUCUAAUUUGACUUCCAGUUCAAUUUUCUUGACAGACGAUUACGCUGCUAAGAUUGCUGAAAUCUCCUUCUUGUCACAAGCUGCAUCAAAACCCAAACCCUCGAGUGAAGACGAGAGGGAACAUUCAGAACUACCACCCAUCAUUGAUCCAGAAGCAAAUGUGUACAAUUUUGGCAUUAUAUUGCUGGAAGUGAUAUCAGGAAAGCUUCCCUACUCAGAGAAAGAAGGCCCUAUAGAGAAAUGGGCUAAGGAAUAUCUAAGUGACAAGAGUAGAAUCACCCAAAUGGUGGAUUCAUCCCUCAAGGCCUUCAAAACCAACCAACUCGAAGUAAUAUGUGAGAUUGUUCAAGAAUGCAUAAUUUCAGAUCCACGACAGAGACCAAGCAUGAGCGACAUCGUUCCUCGAUUGAAGGAAGUCAUUCCUAUAACACAAGAUCAAGCAGCACCAAGGUUGUCCCCGUUGUGGUGGGCUGAACUCGAGAUUUUUUCACAAGAAGCAAAUUGAAGUUAUUUGGGUGUGUGUUCUUGAUCAUGAUCAGGAAUGUGUGUUUCAUAAUCUGUGUAUUCUUGUGAUUCCCCAAGAUGAGUGCAUUUUUUCUUGUAGGACAUUUUGAAAUCACCACUUUGCACUUUUAGAAGAUUGGUGAAUUGAUCACACUUGGUUAAGGGAUGAUUGCCAACUUGGAAUCAGCCAAAAAAUUACAUUCCCAAUCUUUGUAUAUUUUGUUCCUCCUCGAGCAUUUUUGUUGUCCAUAUGAAGAGAAAAAAAUGGAUGAAAAAUGAAAGAUUAUAUGUGACAUUGUGAUUGUAAAUCAUAUGGUGUAAAAUUACUGAGUGAUUGAUUGAUUCCUACGUAGGAUGAUAUUGUUCUUUUAUUUUUCACUGAUGUAUAACAUCCACAAAUGAGAACUUUAUCCAUCUUAUUUUCAUUGUUUGCAUUAGGAAUGUAGGGUUAACCUAAAUUUACAUUAAUAUUCGAGAGAAAUCUGUUGGGCCCAUAGUUGAGCGCUAUUGGAUUUUAGACGCAAAAGAGAGAGGCAAGCCUGGCCCAGUGGGAGGCCUGAUGCGUGGCGUGCGGCUAGCCUAGGGACGGGACAUGCAUAGGCCGCCUGACAUAAAGCACUGAUCGUGACAGGAGGAGAUCUCACCAAAAGAUACAUACCUCGAAACAAGCAGGACUGAGGAUUGAUUUGCUGCCAUAGGUGGUUCUAGUAAAGCAGUACCUAGUUA